GCUUCCUUCUCUUUGCGUGCCUCGCCACACGAUGGCUUCUGACUAAAAACAGUCUGUGGGGGAGAACUCCGUUCGCAGUGCUCUGAGGCAGUGGACGACACAGGACAGGAUGUAGUGAAACUGCGUUUUCGAUAUCCAGCACUCCACAAGUAGUCGAUCCUUUUCGCACGUGGUCUCCACGCGAGUUUGCAUCUGAAACGACACCCGCGUCGUCACGUUGUGUCUCAUUUUCGUGGUUCUCCCACUUUCCCACUCUUCCCCAUCCUCGUAGCAACGAACGCGUUUCCUCGCGUUCAGCUCUUCCGAAAUUCGGCUGCUCUCGUCGGUGACGUAGCUCCCUCUUUGCGAAUGCGCGUUUCGUCACUCUGGACCUCUGGGCUUUCUCGUCCGAUUUCCCCGCUCUUUUCCUCUACGCUUUCCCCGCUGCCGUCGUUCUGCCAGAUUUCCCGGCCGUUCUUGUUUAAACCAGGCUGCACCACUUUCGCGUGGUCAUUCCCCGCGCGGACGAAGCAAAGCCGGCAGCCUCUCGAUUCGAUUCUUGUUUUUGUCUGGCACUUUUAUUGUCCGCUUUUCCAGGCGCUCUUCGGUACGUGCAAAUGUCUGUUUCUGUAACUGUCUGUGCAUAUAAAGUUGUGCAGAUGUAGAGGCAUGCGUAGGUGGAUGUCUAUGGCGUCAAAUAUUAGCGCUGUCGUCUCUCGUCCAUCGGUUUCCAGUCGCCUUUUUGCCAGAGUUCAUGACAUCUGGUGUCACUUUUACGUUCGCACUCAAUCCCUUUGUCGCUUCCCCUGGUUCCACACCACACCUUGCGUUUUUCCUCGGCCGCGUCCGCCGCGAGGCGUCUCGUAUCAGUUGCCGAACACUCCACCUUUCCGCGCUGCUUCUCUCCAAAGAACGAGGCGGCUUCCGUCUUUCCUGCAAAGAGACCCUUCCCUUUUGUACGUUUUUUCGCGACGGCUUUUUCCACGAGAACCGACAGUGGUACACACUUGAUGUCUACGCUCUGCGACACACAGACGCGUGCACGGAUACAGACGUGCGUCGCCUCCUUUUUGCCUCGGAAAAGCUGGGAGCAGCGAGAGCACGCGCCUCUGAAGCAACCGCGCAAGGAACGCUCCGGUAGCCACCCGAAGUCGCUUCGCUUGCCUGUGGACACUCGGUUCAUCUCGAUUUCUGCGAGGCUCGACGCACUUUGUCUCUGCGGACGCGACGUGCAUGCGCCACGCGCCCAGGGAACUUUGCUCAGCCUUUUCUGUGCGGCAACUUCGAAAAUGAAUCGCACUGCUUCCCUAUGCUCACCGCCCGCUCUCUGUCUCCCUCGCCCACUCAUGGCUCUUCGUCUCAGCUCGUGCGUCGGUUGACUCUCGCAGUCUGUCUGCUCUCUCCGUCAAGCUGUGCUGUGCCUGUUUGUCGCGGGUCUUUCCCCAGAAAGGCGACGCACGCGUAGACACGUGCUUCUCCCAAUCUUCCUUCGAGAGGUUGUGUGGUUGGGCCUUUCCACCUCCCUACACUGGGGCGCCAGAAAUCUUUUCGCGGGACUGAUCGCCCAAGACAGGGACGAGUUUCUCCCGUUCAGCAGAGCGGAGAAACGCUUGAACGCAGCGCGUCUGGGCGACUCUCCGAGCGACUGCUCCCGUGUCUUUCUACCACGUUUUCGUGUGCUUUCAAGAGUGCCCUCUGUGGUCGAGCGGUAAUCGCUCUCAACCGACACAGGCUCGUCGUUUCCGGCUGUACAGGUUUUCUCGCUUCUCCCCGUUCUUUUCCCCCUUUCCGUGCUUCCUGUAUUCUCGAUCAACAGAAAAGAAUCCCUCCCUGGACUCGCUGCUGGUCCCGCGCCUCGCCGUCUCACGUUCUGCGCUUCCUGUCGGAAUCGUUUGCCAGCUUUUCCACUCCACCCUUUCCGCCCUCGCGGUGUCUAAACACUGCCGUCUACGCUGCCUGCUUUCUUCUUCCUUCGUCUUCUUUCUGCUCCGCACACCUCGCCACUUUGCCGUCUCUUCGCGCUUCUUUUCCUCUGCCUCAGGCUCCUUGUCUGCACGAGCACACACCUUUUCUUUCGUGUCGCUUCCCCGGCUUUCGUUUCUCCCUCGCACUCGUCCCCUCUCUCUCUCUCUGCUCCGUCUUGCACUUGGCGGCUUCGGCGCUCGACUCUCGUCUCUCCCCGUCUGCUGCGCUCACGUGGCACCUCGCGCGCUCUCUGGCUGGGAACUGACGGGCGCGAGCCAGCAGCGACUGCCACAAGCCUCUCGGCUUCUAGGCGAGAGGACACCGCGUACCAGCGGUCCUCGUUGUCUCUCCUCGCGCGAAAAUGGGCGCUUGCAUUUCCAAAAAUAGUUCGGCUCGCGUUUCACGGUCUUCUGCUCUGUCCGCCUCGAAACAAACAGUUGCGGCCAGUGCACCGCCAGGAGCGGCAGGCGACGAGACCUCUGCGACGGGUGCUGCCGAAGAAGCUUCGAGGAACUCCCUUGCCAGGGUAGACGGAACGCGAGCCUCCGCAGCGGAGUUGGAGAGAGCUCCGGACGGUGUGUGCCCAGACCGCGAGGAACCGGGGACGGCGAACGCCGAGCAAGGAGGCGUGACAGAGAAGAAAGACACUAGAGAGACACUGGCAGGGAUGAACUCUCCCAAGACUCUGGAGGCGGAGGCGCAAGAGGACGACCUCAAGCGCGAAGCGCCGAACCAGGACGUUCCCUCUGAGGCUCCAGAAGGCCCGAAAGAAAAACCCGGCGGAGACCGGAAACCGGCGCAGAAGGCGAUUCUGAAGCAAGAUGACUCGCACACGGAGGAAGAGAAACUCAACGCGCACCUGGCAUAUCGCGAGAAGACGCCUGCAGACUUUGCGCUGAUCCAAGACAGCCUGAAGGCGAAUCUUGUCUGCUCCUCUCUGAAUGAGGGAGAAAUCGACGCUCUCGCAGUCGCGAUGCAGUUCUUCACCUUCAAGAAAGGCGACGUGGUGACCAAGCAGGGCGAACCUGGAAGCUACUUUUUCAUCAUUCACAGCGGGACGUUUGACGUGCUCGUCAACGACAAGCGCGUUAAUGCGAUGGACAAGGGAAAAGCCUUUGGAGAAAUCGCGCUCAUUCACAACACCGAAAGAUCUGCGACGGUUGUCGCAAGCUCCACAGAAGGUGCCCUCUGGGGUGUCCAGCGUCACACUUUCAGAGAAACGCUGAAGCAGCUGAGCAGCCGAAACUUUGCGGAGAACAGACAGUUUUUGGCCUCCGUCAAGUUCUUCGAAAUGUUGACAGAGGCGCAGAAAAACGUCAUCACCAAUGCGCUGGUCGUGGAGAACUUCAAGCCUGGACAACCCAUUGUGAAGGAAGGCGACGCAGGAGACGUCCUCUACAUCUUGAAGAGCGGCAAAGCGAAGGUCUCCAUCGGCGGACGGGAGAUCCGCAUGCUGCGGAAAGGCGACUACUUCGGAGAGCGCGCGUUGCUGUACAAAGAGCCGAGGAGCGCAACCAUCACGGCAGAAGAGUUCACCGUCUGCGUGUCGAUCGGCCGCGAGCUGCUGGAUCGCGUCUUGGGAAAUCUGCAGCACGUUCUGUUCAGAAACAUCAUGGUCGAGGCUCUGCAGCAAAGCAAAGUCUACGAAUUGUUUCAAGGCGACCAGCUGAGCAAAUUGAUCGAAGCGGCCGUGGUGAAGGACUACGGCGCAGACUACGUCAUUCUGGAUAAGGAAAACAAGACGAAGGGAAUUCGCUUCUUCUUUGUCCUCGAAGGAGAGCUGUCGGUGUACGCCUACGCACAAAAUCCAGCGACGAAAGAGGAAGAACGGAAGCUCGCAGCGACUCUGAAACGCGGCCAAGCAUUCGGUGAAGAAUACGUCCUUAAUCCCACUCGACCUUUCAACCACUAUGUCAAAAGUGUCGGCCCUUGCAAGCUCGCUCUGUUUACUUCGUCCGUGUUGACGGCGACUUUGGGAGGCGAAGACAUCGAUGAGACGCUGGACUUCAAUAACAAACGCGCGAUUAUUCGGAAGAUGUACAUUUUCAGAUAUCUGUCAGAUCACCAAAUGACGAUGCUCAUCAAAGCUUUCAAAACUGUCAGAUACAUGUCGGGAGAGUACAUCAUCAAAGAAGGCGAACGCGGCACACGGUUCUUCAUCAUCAAAGCCGGUGAAGUUGCGAUUCUGAAGAACAACAAGCGCCUCCGCACCCUCGGCCGCCACGACUAUUUUGGGGAACGGGCGUUGCUGUACGAUGAGCCUAGGACGGCCUCUGUGUGCGCCAAUUCUGCGGGGGUCGAUCUCUGGGUCGUCGAUAAGUCGGUUUUCAACGAAAUCAUCAAGGGGCCUAUGCUUGCUCACUUGGAGGAAAGAAUCCGCAUGCAAGACACCAAGGUCGAGUUCCAGGACUUGCAAGUGGUCAGAGUGGUCGGCAGAGGAACCUUCGGCACCGUUAAGCUCGUGCGCCAUGUGCCGACAGAUAUUCGCUAUGCGCUCAAGUGUGUCUCAAGGCGAAGCGUCAUCGCUCUCAGUCAGCAACAACACAUUCGCCUGGAACGAGAAAUCAUGGCGGAAAACGACCAUCCUUUCAUCAUUCGGCUAGUGAGGACGUUCCGCGACAAGGAGUUCCUAUACUUCCUCACGGAACUCGUCACAGGAGGCGAACUGUACGAUGCCAUCCGGAAGCUAGGACUGCUUGCUCGGUCGCAGGCCCAGUUCUACCUCGCCUCCAUUGUCCUCGCCAUCGAGUAUCUCCACGAACGAAACAUCGCGUACAGGGACUUGAAGCCUGAGAACAUUCUCCUCGACAGCCAAGGCUACGUCAAACUCAUCGAUUUCGGCUGUGCGAAAAAGAUGCAAGGUCGCGCCUACACCCUUGUCGGCACGCCUCACUACAUGGCUCCUGAAGUCAUUCUUGGCAAGGGGUACACGCUGACGGCAGACACUUGGGCGUUCGGCGUCUGCCUGUACGAGUUCAUGUGCGGACCUCUCCCCUUCGGAAACGAUGCUGAAGAUCAACUGGAAAUCUUCCGAGACAUUCUCACAGGAAAACUCGUUUUCCCGCACUAUGUCACCGACCAAGAUGCGAUCAACCUGAUGAAGAGGCUUUUGUGUCGUCUCCCUGAGGUCCGAAUCGGAUGCUCCAUCAACGGCUACAAGGACAUCAAGGAGCACGCAUUUUUCGGAGACUUCGACUGGGACAAACUGGCAGGUCGUGGCUUGCCGCCACCCCUCGCACCGAAAGGCGAAACCUACGCAGAAGAUACUGAACAAUCCUCUUUCGAGCUGGACGAGGAUGACACGAUCGUUUUGGAAGACGAGUAUGACUGGGACAAGGAUUUCUGAUUUUUCAGCUUAGGUGUUUGUUCCCCGUCAGUGCUGAAAGUGCCGCUCCUUCUCUCUUCUGACUCUUCUGUGGACCUGCAACUUCCUGCAUGACGAAACGAUCCGUGCAUAAGCAUGAGCGCGAUGUUCCUCGCCCGAAAUCCUUCGGCGAGGCCGGAGCCGGUGUCGGGACCGGACAGACGCAGGCAGAACAUGAGAGACACACAGCAAACGACCGAAGAGGGAGUCCGUUCGUCCGCGUGUGCGUGAAUUAAAACGAGAAAGGAAAGAGACGGCGCUCUGUGCAACCUAAGGAGUCUCGUUCUUUAGCUUUAUUCGAGGAAAUAGCGAAUGAUUCCUCUCUCGUGAGAGAAAGUGUGAGAGCACAACGUAGACGUACGUGAGGUUUUGCGUUGCUCCACAAUCUAGCGGGAGAGAACAUCGGGCAUGAGAUAGGUGUACGUUUCUCGAAGUCACCGUUUCACGCCAUGUUCCCUCUCGCUCUGUUUUCGUGAAAGCGGGCGUGGUCUGGGGAGCAUAAAAUUGGAGUCGAAGUCUGAUUCGAUCUGGAAGGACUUUGCUUACCGGACUCAAGCACUGCUUUCUGUAGAUACUCAUUUCAAAGUUCGUUCCUACUCGUUUCCUCAGUUC